AAUAUUAACUAAUAUUACAUUUUUGGUCCUUAAAAGUUAUCCUUGUCUACAAUUCCUCUUUUUUUUUUUUUUUUUUCAAUACAAAUUUGGUUGAAUUUUUUUAUAUAUCAUUUUAUCUGUCUUUUUUUUAUUACAAACUUUUUACCAAUUUUUUAUACAACCUAAUUGUUUUAUAUUAAAUUUUUUUUACAGUUUUCUAUAAUAUAAUAUUAUAUUUAUAGAUUUGAUUAUACUUUUCUAAAAACAUCAUAUCUUCUGUAUCCAUCUAAACAUUGUUUACAAUUUUUUUUUUAAAAAAAUUAUAACUUAUUUUUUUUGUUAUGUAUAAUUAUUUUUUCAAAUUGGACAACUUCUUUUUACAAUUUUAGUUUUUAAGCUUUUAUAUUUUUUUAGUUUAAUACUAAUCUUUAAUACUAAUAUGUUUUUAUUUAAUUCGACUAACUUUAACAGAUUAUUAAUGUAGAUGAUGUAUUUUCUUCGGUUCUAUUUUUUGGACUAUCGUGCUAAACAUCCAUAUAGAGAAGUUAUGAAUGAACAAAACCUUUUUGAAAUUUUUUUCUAUAAGUCUUCAAAAAACAUUUUCACAAAAAAAUAUUGUAGUUUUAUAAACAAAAACUUUAAAAAAUAUUUUUGUAAUUUUAUAAACAAAACCCACCCAACUUAUGAACAAAUAAAUUCAUAAGCUAGCUUCUACUAUUUAGCUUUGGCUAAAAAGUAUAUAAACUCAAAAUAAUAAUAUAAGGAUCAGAUGGUUAUAAGAUUUGAGGUGCCUAAUUGUCGUAAAGCCUUAAGCAGACACCCCAUCUCGCAUACUUAAAUGCGAGUAAUGACCACUCAUCACCUCCCAUUAAAACUUGUUUUGAAGGAUCAUGCCUUUAAUCUUCCGUUUAAUCUCGUUUUAUAACUACUCCCGAACUUACCACUUCUCUUCCAACUCCGAUAUGGGACCAUUCCUUAUAAAACAAGUUCCAUUUUGAUUUGGGAACCCCAUAAGUCUAAAGAUGAUAUGGGUUCAAACGUUCAUAAAUAGUGACAGGUACACCACUGCUGUUAUUAGGGAACCAGAAUACUACUAUGUCACUUGCCCAAUUCUCCUCGCUUUCUUAUUUAACAUUUCUACCACCGCCUACGCCCACCACUCGGGUCCUUCCGAUUCGUUGUUUCCAUACUCGACCAUCCACCUCCACCAGUGCAACAACCUUAAGCAACAUAGUAAAUUCUGGCGUCGUUGCUUGUCUUCGCGCCAAAAGGUGAUUGUUGUUUCCUUGCUAUAUGGAUAAUUCCAAUUAUCAUGUAAUUCUAUCCAUUCAUGAGUGUGUUGAUGAUGUUUAGCGCGGAUGUGGCAUUGGAAGCUGCAAAGGCUGCAAUUACAGGUGGAAUAUCGGUUGUAAGUAUGCUGCUGUCGUAUUGUUAGUAGAAUUAAGGGUUGAAAAUUUGAAAUUGGUGUAUGUUUUCUUCUUGCAAAGUUCCACUUGAGCUGGGCUCCCAAACGAAUUGAUAGCAUUCGUACUUGCACCUAAGAUUCAUAUACAAACUAACUUCUCAAUUUAUUGUUCCAGAUUUAAAGCUCCCUUAUGAAGCAUUUCAUAUUUUUAUUAAUAAUUUACUUGAAUUAUUAAGUUAUUAGUUCUGAAACAAAAAGCAUAUGAAAACAGAUUUUGUAAUUAGCAUCCAAUUGAACUUGCUGGGGUGAUUUCACCUUGUAGCUCAUAGUGUUCUUGAGUAAUAUUGUCCCUGUCAAUUGUAAUAACUUGAAUAUAAGAUGAAGUAGCCAAAAUGAAAGUAAAGAAAACUGAAUUAAUGUAACAUUUGUAGUUUUCACUCUUCAAUGCCUUUAACUCACAUGACUAAGCUAGAAUAAGUAUGCAAUGAAAAAUUACAAUUAUUAGUUUAAUUUACAAGUAAACAAGGCCUUAUUGGAUGUAAUUAUGAUGUUUUGACAUAGAAGCAAUGUUUGUUGAUUUGCAGCUGGAGAUUGUGGUUUCCACCCCAGGUGUUUUUGAGGUUGUUUAACAUAAAGCCACUUGUAUGAGUUACAUGCAUUUUAUACAUUUCUGGUUGAUGAUCUUGAAAGCUUAUAGUUUUCCACAUUUUUUAUUUGAUAGGUUUUACAUCAACUGGUGCAGGAUUUUCCAACCACAACUCUAGGGAUUGGCACUGUUUUAAAUAUUGAGGAUGCUGAAAAUGCAAAAAAAGCUGGUGCAAAAUUCAUCAUGAGUCCUGCAAUUGUAAAGGGUAUUCUGGAAGAAGACAGUAAUGAUUUGCUAUAUAUACCCGGUGUAAUGACCCCAACAGAAAUACUUUCAUCAUAUAAUGCUGGUGCCAAAAUGGUGAAGGUUAGGUGGUUUUACAUUCAUAUUUCUUUCUAUUACAUUUUUAUGUUAUCUACUCAUUUGAAAUUAAUUAAAAAAAGCAAAAUUUAUAAUGAUCGUGUAUCUUUAAAGGUAUACCCUGUUUCUGCACUUGGUGGUUUUGGAUACAUAGCAACUUUGAAGAAGCCUUUUCCUCACAUUCCUUUAAUUGCAUCUCAAGGAAUAACAACUGAUUUAGUUGGUGAAUAUAUUGGUGAGGGAGCAUCAGCUGUUGUUCUAUCUGAUGCUAUUUUUGAGAAAGAGGCAAUGGCUCAAAGAAACUUCAGUGCAAUUUAUCAACUUGCAAAACUUGCAACUUCACAAGGCAAUGAAGCUGUAAAAAGGCGUCAACGCCUUGCUGUUUCGAUACCCUUUUCUUUAUAAUUACUCUACACCAAAUGGAUAAAAAAGGCAUAUGGGGAUGAAGCAUCAGAUCAUAUUGGGAUGAAGCAUCGAAGCAAGUUUAUUAUGGGAACUGAAAAACAUUAGAUCAGAGACCUCAUGGACCAAACCUCAACCCUAAUUCCUAAACUUACAUAGGGUGCGUUUAGUUGCAGAAAAAUGAGCCGUUUUCCGGAAAUUUUUUCCAAAAAAAAUGAGAAUUUUGAAAACGCGUUUAGUUCAUCUAUUUUUCUAAAUUUUUCACAGAAAAUGAAAAUUUCCUGUUUUCUAAAAUUAUAAAGAAGUUGAAAAUUUUUGGAAAACUGAUAAUUAUUAUUUUCCACAUUUUUCUAAUUUCAAAUUUUUUCUAAAAUAUAAGCACCUACUCCUACCCCAUCCACUUCUACCUACCAUCACCUUAAUACCCCCAACCCAUCACACCCUUACCUACCUACACUUACUCCCAAACCCAUCUCCACCCCUACAAACACACACACACACACACAC